GGAAGUUCACUUUUGUUGCCCAGUGGGUAAUCAAUAUUCAUCAACAUUGCGGCACAGAAUAUGCAGCAUCGCUCCUCCAAUGCAAUCCAUCUUAUUUCUCAUGCAAAUUUUGUUUCUUUCCUUUCCUUUCCCUAUGAAUAGCUGCCGCGAAUAUCCUUUAUCUUCAUGUUUGCAAGAUAUCCCCAAGUAUGGACAAACACUCCGUCUCCAAUCCCCCGUCGGCGGAAGUUGGAAAACCUGCCUAGUAUCUUGCAUCCUCCCCCACGGAGGUGGCCCCUCGGGCAAAGAACCCAUCCUUGUUGAGCCGGGAGACGAGAUGCGUAUGUCUUUUACACCACUCCACACUGAUCCGGAUAUAUGGGGCGAAACUGCAUUGGAUUUCUUACCGGAAAGAUGGGCUGGACCCAAGCAGAGUUGGAAUUACAUAACGUUCAUGGGAGGUCGACGUAUAUGCCCAGCACAACAAAACGCGCUUACGGAUGUUGCUUUUGUUUUAGCAACGUUUGCGAGAAACUUCAAAGUGAUUGAAAACCAGGGCCCGCAUCUGGAAUAUGUGGACAUAAUUACUUUUACCAGAGAGUGUGGAGAUGGAGUUCAAAUCGCUUUCGUGCCAAUUUAUGAUGUGGGAGCCCAUCGAAGGAAAAUUUACAGCGUCGUAUUAAGAACCUCGAAUCUAGGAGCAAUCUUCUCCUAAUUAUGGUUCUGGCAUAUUCCAAAGCACUAUUUUCUCGACUCUUUACGGCAUGUUAUUUUCAUUCACUCAUCACAAUCAAGAAAUAAACAUGAAUAGCGAUCUCA